GUCGUCCUCAGACGAGAGUGAGACAGUGGGGCGGCUGUGUCGGGAGUGCCUCGAGCCAUCGAGUGACGCGCGCCCGUGACGUGACGGUGGCAUGGUGUGGGCUCGGUGACGGACGUGACACGUGACGGCACCAUGAGGUCGCGGCGACUGGGACGGAGGCUGCUGGCGGCGGGGCUGCUCGGAUUGGUUCUGCUUGAGACCGUCGGAGCCAUCCAGUGGCUAGCACUCAGCUCCAUCAGCAGUGUCGGCAGUGUCGGGAGAAUGCCCGUCUACCCAUCACAGUGCGAAGACCUCAGGAAAAACAAUCUCCUAGCCAAACAGCAAAUCAGGUUCUGCAAGAAGCACCCGGGCUUCAUGUCUUCGGUGAAGGUGGGCGCGGCAUCGGCCAUCUCCGAGUGCCAGCACCAGUUCCGCUCGCGCCGGUGGAACUGUUCCACCUACAUGGACCUCAACACUGAGGUCAAGCUGGAGAUCUCCAAGAAGAUCAACAGCACAGACGGCCCGCGGCGCGGCCGGAAAAAGCCCGUUCGUGGUCCGACCCCAAGCGGGGCUCAGAGCGAUCAGCCGGUGCGACGGCGACGACGGCGCAGGAAGAGUCCCCUGGAAAACUACCCCAUCGUACCCUCAGGGACCCGGGAGACAGCGUUCGUUCACGCCAUCUCGGCAGCAGGAUUGGCGCACGCACUCACACGGGCCUGCUCCAGCGGCCGUAUGGACGACUGCGGGUGCGACCGCAGUGUCAGAGGUGUCAGCAAGGAGGGAUUCAAGUGGUCGGGGUGCUCAGACAACAUCGCUUACGGCUCCGGCCUCUCUAAGCGGUUCGUGGACUCGCGCGAGUGGCGCGGCGUGAAAAAGAACAGGAAGAAGAGCCUCAUGAACCUACACAAUAACGAAGCUGGCAGAAAGGUUUUGGAGCAGAGUAUGCGGAUCGAGUGCAAAUGUCACGGCGUAUCGGGCUCCUGCGAGCUGAAGACAUGCUGGAAGAGUAUGCCUACUUUCCGAGAGGUCGGUGAGAAGCUGAAGGAGAAGUUUGACGGCGCCACGCGGGUGCAGCGCCGCAAGAGGGGCGGCCGCUACGUGCUGGUGCCGCGUCACGACCAGUACAAGAGGCACACGGACGCCGACCUGGUCUAUCUGUCGCGCAGUCCCGACUUUUGUGAGCUGGAUGUGCGCGGCGAUGGCGCACUGUCGCUGGGCACACACCAGCGCGAGUGCAACGCGAGCUCGAACGCCAUAGACGGCUGCGACCUGCUUUGCUGUCAGCGUGGCUACAGGACGCGCCACGAGACGCGCGUAGAACUCUGUCAGUGUAAAUUCAACUGGUGCUGUAACGUGCGCUGCAACAAGUGUCACCGCCAGGUGGCGGUACAUACGUGUUUGUAGUGCGCGCGGUCACCGCUAGGCGGCAGCACCGGUGAUCGGGACACCAGUGAGAACCAACGCCGGCGAACAUUGCGCGUUGCGUUGCUAUGUGCUGCCGUCGAACUAUUGCUGCGGUCAGAGCGGUCGGAAAAAGUGGGAACCGGCGGAAGUAACACCAACAUUUGCCGUGUGACUAUCUGGAUACGAGACGGGGCUCGAAGCGAGGCGUCUCCGUCUCUGACGUCGACUUCCGGACAUCAUUUCCUCCUCUGCACCGACCGUUCCCCUCGGCGAGCCGGCUGAAAGACAUUGGCGGCGACGUGCGGCGGGCCAUCCCGGCUCCCGGAGAGGCGUUUGAUGAGCCCUAAACGCGCCAGUUUCGUCGCGCCGCGCCGGUCGAGGACUCAGCGGCGGCACUCAAACGCGCGUAAAAAGCGCGCCUCCGAUAGUGUCGGUGGUUGAUAGCGCCAGCGCGGCCGACCCGGCGCGGCGGCGGCGCGGCGGCGCUCUCUUUGUUUUGGUUCAGCUGGAUAGAGCGGCGCUGCCACCGCACUCCGGAGCUGUUAACUGUGAGCAAACAGCAAAUGGGACCGCGAGUGCGCGUGUUCGGUCGCCGCUGCCCCCUCCCCGCCGCCGCCAAACAGCUGUAGCAUGUAAAUAUGUGUACAAAGGUUUAAUGUGACGACAAUAGAGACCGCUGCACAGCCAAGUGAGAAGUAAUUUAUAUUUUAGUGUAUGUGUUUACCUGUUUGGGAUGGCGUUGUUCUGACCUCGCGAACGGCGCUGAGGUGUGUUCGACGCCUGCUGACAGUGUUCGCGGAGGUGUCAUUUGCCAAUCAGCAUCCGCGGCCGGUUUGUUUGCGCUAAAGGUGGUCCGUUUGGCGACCUCAUUCGCCGUCUGUCCUAUGUCUUCCACCAGCGGUAUGAGAACUGAACGACUGUUAUGUGAUGUCGGUGGCCUGUUCAUGUACACCGAGCCCAGUGUGUGUGUGGGGGGGGGGGGUAUUUUGAGGGGGUCAGGGUGUAUGAAGACAGUCAGCGGGGUACUAUGUCAUGAUUCUAUAAUGUAUGCGUGGCGCAUUUCGUUCUGUUUUGUGCUAUGACACCAUCCUGUGGUAGGUAUUCAUUUGAUGCAUGUAUUAUUGCUGCACAAGAUAAACUAUUACUGCACACUCGAGAAAA